AUGGCUGAUAAAUUACUGUCAAUUGAAAACGAAAAUUUAGAAGAUCUAACUGUCGUAUGGCUUGAUAAAAAUGCACAAGAUCUUAAUACAAAAACACGUCUACGUUGUAUAAUUAAUUUUCUUAAGAUUUUCAAUAAUAUUAGUUCCUGUCUUGAUUAUAUUCGUGCAAGACCUAAUGAAAAUAUAUUUCUUAUUGUAUCCGGUCAAUUAAGUUCUUUAUUGUUUCCAUUUAUUGAAAAUUUAUCUCAAAUUUUACAUGUAUAUAUUUUUUGUCAAAAUUCAGAAAAAUAUUUAUUAUUAAAAUCAAGUGGAGUAUUUACUAAUCAAGAAUUAUUAUAUGAUCAACUUUCUAAAGAUGCUAAUCAGUUUUAUGCAACUCAUUCAAUAACAAUUUCAUAUCCAACAGAAAAAAGUUUACGUGAUUUAGCCAAAGAAACAGGCACGUUUUUUUGGUUUCAGUUAUUUAUUACAGCACUUCUUGAUAUGCCAUCAUCUGAUAAAGGCAAAGAAGAUCUUCUUGAACUAGCUCGAACAUUCUAUGCUGAUAACGAUCUUGAACUACGACGAAUCAAACAUUUUGAACAAACAUAUAAAGAAUCACAAGCGUUAAUAUGGUAUACAAAUGAUUCAUUUUUGUAUCGAUUAUUGAAUAAAGCAAUUCGAACAGAAAAUAUUGAUCUUCUUUUUGCAUGUCGAUUUUUCAUCACUGAUUUAUAUCGUGAACUUCAUUCAUUACAUAGACCAUACAUAGAACUAAUUCGUUCCUGUGAGAUAGAUGAACAUACAGUGUAUGAUGGUCAAUUGAUGAUUUCAGACGAUUUUACCAAAUUAAAAGCAAAUAUUGGAAAAUUAAUAUCAAUUAAUUCAUUUCUAUCAACUAGUAUCGAUCCUCAAGUUGCUUUAGUCUAUGCAGGAAAUAAAGGAACAUAUCCUAUAAUGGAAUCUGUACUUUUUCAAAUCACGAUUAACGUUAACGAGUCAUCAGAUUUAACUCAAUACCCGUUUGCUGAUAUCUCAGCAUAUAGUUCGUUCAAGGACGAACAGGAAGUUCUCUUUUCACUGACAGCAAUAUUUCGUGUCGAAGAUAUCAGUAAACGAUCAGAUAAUGUAUGGCUGGUAAAAAUGGUAUUUCUUGAGAAUACACCGGAGAUAGAAGAAAUGCGUAAGUUAAGUAGUCAUUUGAAAUCUCAUCAAGGUCAAACGAACAUGGUUGAUCUGGCUGAUCUUCUUUACUUAAUGGGUAAUCACAGUCGUGCAAUAUCUUUUUGUCAAAAAUUCCUCAGUGAAAAUCAUGACAACUGGUCCCUUGCUAUUAGUUGUUACUGCAUAAUGGGUCAAGCAUAUGCAAGUCAGCCUGAACUAGCAUUGCAAACGUUCGAAAAAGCAUUGGAACUUCAGCUACAAUACAAUUCAACUGAUUACUAUAGCUGUGCGACAAUGUAUAAUAAUAUGGGCUUCGCUCAUAAUCGACUUCAAUCCGACAAACAAGUAACAAUCAGUUAUUAUGAAAGAGCUUUGGAAAUAUGUACAUCUAUUUCUGAUAAAGAGGAAGCUGAUUGGUGUUUGAUGGCUACUAUUUUAAAUAAUCUGGUGACUUCACAUUCAGAUGAAGAUAUUGAUUUAGCUUUGAAAAGAGAACACCUUGUUCUUGAUAUUCGAUUGAAGUAUUUACCAUUAUCACAUCCAUUGGUGGCAACGACACAUUCAACACUUGCUCAAAUCUAUUCUACAAAAGGUGAAUAUAAAGAAGCAUCGAUUCAUUAUGAUGAAGCACUCUAUAUCAUGCUCAAGUACUUGCCUAAUAACCAUCCUUCCAUUAGCUCUAUACAUCAUAGUGUAGGUCUGCAUUAUUUGUUUAAAGGUGAUUAUGAGAUGAAUACGGGACAUGAAGCGGCGUCAAAAAUAAGUUAUGAAAAAUCACUUAAAUUAAGUUGUGAUGCACUCGAUUAUCUGUCAUCUGGUGACUCAUCUACAUCAAUCGAUUAUGAUCUAUUCUGCUAUUGCACUAAUACUUGUGGUGUUGUCUACAUGCGACUUGCUCGUUUGGAUGAUGCAAUCAAAUGUUUCGAUAAAUUAAUCACCACCAUCAAUGAACACUUAUCAGCUAAUCAUCAACUACAUAUUGCAUUUCUCAGAAAUAGAGGUAAAAUUUUUACUUUACAUGGCGAGAAAAACAAAAGUAUGGAAUUCUACGAACGUGCAAUCAGAUUUUGCGAUCAGACAGGUUUAGAAAAUUCUUUUGAAAAAGCGCAAGUUUACUUGAAUAUUGCAGAAUGGUACGAACUUUUUGAACAAAAAGAUUUAGCAGUUCAGUACUAUGAAUAUUCGAUGCAACUUGGAACUGAAUAUAUGGGUACAGGUCACCCACUUAUAUUAUGGUGUGAGAAAGGCUUAGAACGGUUGAAAUCGAUCGUAACAAUACCAGCCGAAGAAGCUUCCUGGCUUUGA